CGAGCAACAAACAUGUUUGCCAAGCCAUUCGGCACGACGGGCAACACGCGGCUGAAGGGGAAGGAUGUGAAAAAAGUUCGGCUCGAUCUUCUCAAGUCCUGUGGAAUCGAGAGCGAUGCCAACUUCCCGUGGACCCUCCUGGCCAAGGCCGACAUCGUCAAGAUCAAACUGGCAGCGCCAAGUCGGACGGUGUUGUUCACAGAUGUCGACGCGAACGUGUUGGCGUUCGAUAUUCACGGGAAGGGCGAAGUGGUCCCGUCGGUGUACUUGCUCUGGCACGAACCUGCCUUGCGCAUGCAAUUGCCACAACUUGUUGUGCAUUCCCCAGUGAGCCAUUAUUUGCUCCGUGGCGCGGAUCCGAUGCUUCCAGGAGUACUUCAACACAGCCAUUCGGCCGAUCAUCCUUUUCUCAAGGGUGAGCUGCGGGCCGUAUAUGUUCACGGCAACCCAAUGCCGUUUGCGAUCGGCGACAUGCUGGUGGACGCAGACACCCUUGCUGUCCAAGGGUGGAAAGGCAAGGCAAUGCGGCUACUCCAUGUCGUGUUCGACGAGCUGACAAGGAUGGCGCCACCACUUCCGCGCGAUUUACCCGAAGGCUUCACCGAUAGCCAAAUCCAUCCUACAGAAGACAGUGCGGCUGCACUAAACGUCGCAGACAUCGUGUUGAACGACGUGGCACCGCCAUUUGCCUCGGAAACACCUGCCCCGGCACCUGCCGACGAGGCCGGCGCAGUACAUGAACUGGCCGACGAAGGCGCCACCGCUUUGUCCCAAAGCGACCUGGACGACUUGUUGGAGCGCAGUUUUUUCCAGGCAAUGAAAACAGUCAAGCCGAGCGACGCCCCGAUGCUCGCGAGUCACUUCUACGCGUCGUUUGUGCUGCCUUGCCGUCCCGUCGGCAGCUCCAUCCACGUCAAGGGCACGUCGUAUAAGAAGAUUUCAACCUUUCUCAAGCACAUGGCGUCCCGUGGAGUCAUCGACGUCACUGAACACGACGGCGUACAAACGAUCACGCUGUUUCGCAAAACGCACCCGGACGUCAGUCGCCAUCCGUUGCAUCGGUCCGAGAUGACUGUGGCCGUGGAAUUGGAAGCGGAAGCAACAGCGGGGGCGUUUGUGCCAGGAAAACAUGCUCCCGAAGUCGUCCAGCUGUACCGAUUGACGCCACCGACUCACGUCAUCUGUGGCCCCGACACCAACACGUCGUUGCAUCUAACCGACAUCCGAACGCGGUUGAACGAUUACAUCGCCACGAACGGCCUCGUGCAUCCUCGCGAGCCCCAGUAUGUCCAACUCGACGCUUCUCUCACGGACGCCUUGUUCCCGGGAAAGAAGAAACCGGCGGAAGGCUACCCGGACAAACUUUUGCGUCAAGAAGUGCUCCAACUCUUUGUGUCGCGCCUUCGCCCGUACCAUUCGAUUCAACUCUCACCAGACCAACCGGUCGCGCCGAUCGCAGGCGACUUCAAGCCGAUUCGCGUCAAAACCGAGCUGACCAAGCGCCAAAAGCCCGUCACGAUUGUGUCCAACAUCGAGCAAUUUGGCCUGGAUCCUCAACUUUUGUCGAGGGAUGCCCAAAAGAAGUGGGCAUGCAGCGCGACGCUUGUACCACACGGAAAAUAGAUCGAAGUUCACAUUCAAGGCAACUUGGGCCACGAUGUCGUGGCGCACCUUGGCAAGCAGUACAAAAUCCAACCCAAGUACUGCGUCGCAGAGUACGGAAAAGGCCUCAAGCCAAAAAAGUAACGUGUACACGGUCAAUGGGGGGUCGAUCUGGUUAAUCUCGAUCAAUCACACCCUUGCUGUUGAGCACCGCGUACUCCAACUGCUUGGCCAGAAUCGCUUUCGAC